CUUUCCACGCUCUGGCCCCGCCUCCAGCUCCACGCAGUGGCCGGUCCCGAGCCCCGCCUCCAUGUCCCAGCCACACUUCCCGGACCCGAGCCCGCCUCCCAGGGGCGGAGCUGCACCUGGUGCGGGCCCCGGGCUGGGCGGGCGUCACGGAGCGCCAGGUGCAGAUUCCGCGUCAAGAUGGCUUCUGCCGCACGAGCUGGGUUCUGGUUCCUUCCCGCCGGGGGUCGGGUGCUACGCGUCGCCCUCUGCCUUCUGUGCUGGGGUCCGGCGGCUGUGGGCGCUGUGCCCGAGCUUGGACUCUGGGCAGCGACGGUCAAUGACAAAUCAGGACCUUUGAUAUUCAGGAAAACUAUGUUUAACUCUACUGAGAUCAAGUUUUCUGUUAAGUCAUUCAGUUGUUCCGGGCCUGUGAAGUUUACCAUAGAGUGGCAUUUGGAGUAUCAUACCUGUCACAAUCAAUAUUCUGAGCUGGAAGAACUGUCACGAAAACAUAAACUUAGUGUUGAUGAAGACUUUUGUGGUCAUUAUUUCAAGAACAGAGAAUGUUGGACAACAAAAACCGAAAACUUAGAUUGCAACAGUGAUUUACAGCUGUUCCCUUCAUUGCAUAAUAAAGAACUAAUAACAAAUACCAGAAAUGUUUCAAACCAGGAAGGGUCAAUGGAUGUUGUAGCCAGAACACAGAGAGAUGGGUUUCAUAUCUUUAUUGUUUCUAUUAAAACAGAAAAAACAGAUGCAGACUGGAAUUUGAAUGUUUCUCUUUCUAUGAUGGGGCCUCAUGGAUAUAUCUCUGCAUCAGAUUGGCCUCUAAUGAUUUUCUACAUGGUGAUGUGUAUUGUUUAUAUUUUGUACGGUGUACUGUGGCUGAUGUGGUCUGCCUGUUAUUGGAAAGAUAUAUUAAGAAUCCAGUUUUGGAUUGCAGCUGUUAUUUUCCUGGGAAUGCUUGAAAAAGCAGUUUUUUAUGCUGAGUACCAAAACAUCAACAGCACGGGGCUAUCAACCCAGGGCUUACUGAUAUUUGCGGAGCUGAUAUCUUCGGUUAAGAGGACGCUGGCUCGCCUCCUUGUCAUCAUCGUGAGCUUGGGUUACGGCAUCGUGAAGCCUCGUUUAGGAACCGUCAUGCACCGGGUCGUUGGACUGGGGCUUCUUUACUUUAUCUUUGCGGCUAUUGAAGGCGUGAUGAGAGUCAUUGGGGCAAAUGAUUCUGAUCUUGUGCUUCUGGCCAGCCUCCCUCUGUCUCUUCUUGACUCUGGCUUGUGCUGGUGGAUUUUUAUAAGUUUGGCACAAACUAUGAAGACUCUAAGGCUAAGAAAGAACACAGUGAAAUUUUCUUUGUACAGGCACUUUACAAAUACCCUCAUCUUUGCCAUACUGGCAUCUGUAGUGUUUAUGGUGUGGACAACAAAGACAUUUAGAAUUGCAAAAUGUCAAUCAGAUUGGAUGGAACGCUGGGUCGAUGAUGCGUUUUGGAGCUUCCUUUUUUCACUUAUCCUUAUUGUGAUAAUGUUUCUGUGGAGACCAUCGGCAAAUAAUCAGAGAUAUGCCUUCAUGCCCUUAAUAGAUGAUUCCGAUGAUGAAAUUGAAGAAUUCAUGGUAACAUCGGAAAAUUUAACUGAAGGAAUAAAAUUAAGAGUCUCGAAAACGGUUUCCAAUGGAACAGCUAAACCUACUUCUGAUAAUUUUGAUGAAGAUUUGAAGUGGGUGGAGGAAAAUAUUCCCUCUUCAUUCACAGAUGUAGCUCUUCCAGUGUUAGUGGAUUCAGAUGAGGAAAUUAUGACCAGAUCUGAAAUGGCAGAAAAAAUGUUCUCUUCAGAAAAGAUAAUGUGAUUGGGAUCCAUAUAAAUGAAACCUACAUGACAGUGAAGGAACUUCCUCAAGACUAAAAGAGAACUUGGUUUUGCGAUAGUACAAGUUUUUAUUGUAUUUUCUUGGAAAUCUGUGGAUUGAAAUUAAGAGUUCAGAUGGUGGGAGGGUUCGCAACCCUUUUAAAGCUGAACCUUGAAUGUGAGUUUAAUGUCCAUGAAGUUGCCCGGAUUGGCAGUCAUCUGAGAGAGAAGUAUUACAAUAGAGAUAGGUGCCCAGAUGCCCUGAGCUGAAGGGUGGCAGGCAUGUGGAUUUGGGUUCUCUUUGUUUUUUUCCUGGAAAAUAUGACCAUUCCAGAGUAAAAUAAUCUUUGUACAUCAACACUCCUACUCUUCUUCCACUGACCUUUGAGACGGAUGACGUGAGUCUUGUGAAGUGUGGUAAAGCAAUGCCUCCGUCUCGUAGGUUUAUAGUUAUUUUGAGUUUUAUGCUGAAGUGAUUUGAUAACAAGUACAACUCCAUUGACAUUGAAACAUGCGGACGUUUCUAUGGUUGGUUUUGCUCAGCGUGUGCACACACAAAGCCCUUGUGUGUGAUUAACGCCACGCACAUCAAAUCACGUAUUGGCCUUCUCUGUCUGAACUCCGGGAGCACAGUACCCAGAGGGAGAGGUCACUCCCCACGGCCUGCCCUCCCAGCGUCCCCUCACUCAAGCCAGAUGCACACGUGAACCCGCCUGGGGCAGGAGGGUCCCCUGGCCACAUGGCUCUGCCACAGCACUUCCUCCCUGCCAAGCUGGGGAGCCCAUCACCAGUGAACCUCGAGGAAACCAGAACCUUCUAUAUAAUCGUAGCAUGUUUGGUUUCAUUACAAAACAUAUAUAACUGCAUAGUACCUUCGUGUUAUAUUUAACUGCAUAGUACCUUACUGUUAAUCUUGUAAUUAAUUUUUAAACCUUAAACCCUGUUUUAUACAUUAUUUUGCUACAUCAAUCUAUGUAAUGUAUGUAAUGUGUGAUUGAAAAUUUAAAAUUUUUUUUAAUGCAGAAUAUUCUAAACUUGAAAAGUAACUGAAUAUAGUAUGAUGAAAAUGGUGACUGUUUUGCUGCUUUCUGACCAAAGAUACAGGGCUAGUGGACAUUUAGAAUAGGAAUUAAAGUCAGAAUCUUCUGUAUCUUUCUUUGAAGGAGUUCUAACAGCCUGAGUUGAGGAUGACUUCAGAGGUUGUGAUUAAGAAGCAUUAAAGUCUUGGAGUUCCCCUCGUGGCGCAGUGGUUAACGAAUCCGACUAGGAACCAUGAGGUUGCGGGUUCGGUCCCUGCCCUUGCUCAGUGGGUUAACGAUCCGGCGUUGCCGUGGGCUGUGGUGUAGGUUGCAGACGCGGCUCGGAUCCUGCGUUGCUGUGGCUGUGGUGUAGGCCGGCGGCUACAGCUCCGAUUCGACCCCUAGCCUGGGAACCUCCAUAUGCUGCAGGUGCAGCCCAAGAAAUAGCAAAAAGAC